AUCCGGAUGUGGAGCUAAGAGCAACUCUAACAGAUUGAUUUUUUUUUCUUUUCUCACUAUAUAGGAAUUUUUUUUUUCAAUUUCAACAUAUAUGAAAGAAGUGCUCCAGCAGAUUGAUUUUUCCUUCUUUCUAUAUGGAAAGGGAGAUGCGAUGUCUCUUUUUUUUAUUGGGGAUUGGAGAGAAAUUAUUGGGGAAUGAGAAAAAUAAAGGGAAAAGGGAGAUGAAAAAUCAAUCUAUUGGAGUAGGUUUUUUCAACAUCAAUCUCCUAUAUUGAGAAAAAGUGAAAAAGGGAAAGAGGAAGAUCAAUUUGUUGGAGUUGCUCUAAGUUAUUCACCAUUUAUCGCGGCGUCUGAGUUCUUUUGGCGUAAGCUGAGCGGUGAUCCCGGCAGCAGAAAAAAUGGAGGUUUCCAAGCAGGAAUAUAUACUGUGAAAUCUGGCUACUGUCUUACAAGAUUGGAAAAUUUUCAUAGCUUAACUCAGGUCCAUCAAGGCACCACCAAAAAUGAAGAUUCUACUUUGGAGAAUUGCCCAUGACUGUUUGCCUACAGGGGUACUAUUAAAGGCAUCUAAAGGAGAAGCUACAUUACUCACAGUUACUCUUUGGCAUAUUUGGGAAGCAAGAAAUUCAGCUAGAAAUGGGGAGAAUGUGAUGCACCCACGAAUGAUUGUUGAAAAGGUGAAAGCUUAUGUGGAGAUGAUCCUGCUGCACAUAUUUAAGCCAUCAACAUAUCACAGGUGUGAGUCUAAUAAUCUUGUUUCGAAAUGGACUCCACCGCCGGAUGGAUGGAUGAUGGCCAACGUAGAUGCAGCAAUCUUAAAUGAUCCGCCUUCUAUAGGAAUGGGUGUUGUCAUCCGUGAUCAUUGUGGGAAGUUUAUAUCUGCUUCUUGCCAAAAGAUGGACAUUGCAGCUGAUCCUGAACUAGCUGAAGCUUUGGCGGUUCGACAUGCAGUUGUCUAUGCAAAAGACAUGAAUCUCCAGCAUGUUAUAGUGGCCUCUGACUGUUUAAAUGUUGUUAGGAAGAUUAAAGCUCCUGGAAUGGAUAGAUCCCUGGUGGGUCCCAUUAUCAGAGUUAUUAUAAAUUUAGUUAGAGGCACUUCUUUUGUCUUCACUCAUAUCCCUAGAGGAUGUAAUGAGGCAGCUCAUGUAAUAGCUAGAUUAGCUCAUCAGAAUGCUGGUUUUAUUUGGUCAUAUAAUGCUCCGGAAUCUAUCCGGGCUAUCCUCUGUAACGACUUGUUAAAUUAAUUUAUAUAUU